AUGGAUGGGCCGUACACAUAUUGUUUUGGGAAUCAGAUGUCAACAAUGACACCGAAAGUAGUGAUGUUCUCGAUGGAAAUUGCUGUGCCUGGACACGUUUCGCCUUCCGAGAGUACCAAUGCUUCUUUAGCUGAUAGCGCAAAAUUGGAAGACAUGGUUCGGGAACUUUCAUCAGCCUUAACAACUGUUUUGUUUACAAGAUCAGUUUUUUUUGCAGUAAAUGAAAGUACCAAUUCGCGGGUGGUACUUUGGGCGAUCUUUGAAGCAGUGGUACUUGUGGCAAUGAGUUUUGGUCAGAUAUAUUACUUGCAACGAUUUUUCGAAGUGCGACGGGUUGUAUAA